AUGUCUGAGAGCAAAUCAGUGGAGACAAGAAAGCGACAACGCUCGGGCGCUCCGGAAAAGGUAAUUUUUGUUGAGUUUUUUUUUGAGUUUACGUAAUGAGAGCGGUAGAAAUUUAGAUUUUUUUCCAGUUUAAGUACAAUAUUUUCUAGGAAAAGAAACGUGUGAGAAUGGCCGAUCCACUUGAGAAGUUCUGCGACGGCGAGAACGUGCAGCCAGUGAAUCCAAAGGCGAAGAAUGGGCAAGCCAGAUCCACAAAGCGAUUGGUGAUCAAGAGUUUUCAACGUGAGUGGUUUUUUUGGGUUUAUCCGAGUUUAGAGCGGUUCCAAGAGCCGAACACAAGUUCCUUCGACAAAAACUGGGGCAUUCUUCACGAUGCCAUCGUCUCAAUACAGGAGAAGCGGACUACGAAGGAUGCGUUUGAGAUCCUCUUCAAGGCCGUGGAGACCUUGUGCAUGCAGGAUUACGCGGAUAAUGUCUACAACAAAGUAAUCGCACUUUUCGAGACUUUCUUGAAGUCAAGUUUGGGAGGUUUGGUCGACAAGAUUACAGUGUCGGACAGAAUGAAGUUUUUAAAAGCGAUGCAAUCUUUCUGGAACGACUAUUGUCAACAGCUGGUGAGGAUCCUUUUUUUGUUUCACCGGUUUUAGGACAUGGUCCAGCGAAUCUUCACCUACCUCGACCGCACGUACGUCAUACAAAACCCGAGUAUUCAAACAGUUUGGGAUGCCGGUUUGGCGUCGUUUAAAAAAUUGGUCAUUGACAACAUCAAAGUGUCCGAAAACCUUGUUCCUUUCAUUUUGGACACCAUUCGACGGGAAAGAGAUGGAAAUCUGGUCGACAGAGACUUGUUGAAGACUUUAAGCAGGAUGUACUUGGCCUUGAAAAUAUACGAAGAUGUAAGUCUGCGUUUUAUCUUUUAUUAAUUUGGGUUUUAGGUUUUGGAGCCUCGAAUACUCUCGGACACUGAACUUUACUAUAACAAAGAGAGCCAAGAAUGUAUUCAGCAACUGGAAAUUGGAGAAUUUUUGCGUCAUGUUGACAAACGACUGAACGACGAAUCGGAAAGAAUCGACUUCUACCUGGAUUAUCGAUCUCUGGAGCCACUACAACGCAAGGUUGACACUUGCUUUAUUGAGUGUAAUGUGGAGUUAAUACUGCAAAAAGGUCAGGAUUUCUAGAGCUUUAGAUUUUAUGAUUUCACUGGGUUCAUUUCGUCUAUCUUAGGUGCUGAAAAUCUACUUGCUCAGAAAAAGAAAGAGGAUCUCCGUCUGAUGUACAAGCUGUUUGGUCGAGUAAAGUCUGGCCACAAUAGCUUGAAAACGGCGUUUACUGAUUAUAUAAAGGUAAGUACGCUAGGAAAAGUAGAUUAAAACUUUUUAAAUCAAUCAAUUAUGUUCCCCAUUUUUUCAGAAAAUCGGUAGAGCCAUGGUUUUGAACCCGGAGAACGAGAAGACCUUAGUUCAGGAUCUAAUAAAUCUGAAGGCGGACCUGGACAAAACGACCCAAGAAUGUUUCGAUAACAAUGAGAAGUUUGUUCAGGGAGAGAAGGACGCUUUUGACUACUUCAUCAAUCAACGGCCGAACAAACCAGCCGAACUCGUCGCCAAAUACAUGGAUUCGAAACUGAGGCUGGGAAACAAGGAAUGCUCGGAGGAUGAACUUGACCACAUCAUGGAUAAGGUCAUCCUGCUGUUUAGAUUCAUUCAAGGUGGGUUGAAAGGCAAAUUUUGAAAGCAUUUGGUCUUUUUUGCACAAGGAACGGUUGCUAAAAUAUGACCUUCUUUUUCGGUUUUUAGGCAAGGACGUAUUCGAAGCUUUCUACAAGAAAGCCUUGGCCAAAAGACUUCUAAUGGGCCGAAGUGCCUCGGUGGACUCGGAAAAAGCGAUGCUUUACAAGCUGAAGAACGGUAAGAUGGUUGAAAAGUGUUUGAUCGCAUCGUUUCCAGAAUGUGGAGCCCAAUUCACGCAGAAAUUGGAAGGAAUGUUCAAGGAUAUGGAGAUCAGCAAGGAAUUGUCCAACAACUUUGGCCAAUACGUGUCCCAAAACAAUCCUGAACUAUCUCAAAUCGAGUUCGGUGUCUCCGUCCUGACCAUGGGACAUUGGCCAAACUACCCAGUGAUGAGUGUCACAAUUCCAAUGGCCCUCAAAGAACAAGAGUUGGCGUUCGAAAAGUUCUACACAACAAAGCACAACGGAAGAAAACUCCAAUGGCAGCACAGUUUAGCCUCUGCGAUUCUGAAAGCCACAUUCAGGGAGAAGGUGAAGAAAGAAUUGGACGUCUCAAUGUUCCAAGCCCUGGUGUUGUUGAAGUUCAACGAGAAACUGAAGGUGUCGUAUAAGGAAAUCGAAAAAGCAACUCAAAUUGGUAAGUUGAAUUGAUUCUGUCGUGGUUUUACUUGAUGCUGAUUGUUAUUAGUUUUAUAGAGGAAAGCGAAUUAAAACGGACGUUGCAAUCUUUGGCAUGUGGAAAAAUGAGGGUGCUGUUAAAAGAACCAAAGGGAAAAGAUAUUGGAAAUGACGACGAAUUUGUUUUCAACGAGAACUUCAACGAUCGACUGUACAGGAUCAGAAUCUCACAAGUCAUGAUGAAGGAAACGGUAAGGCUGUUUAUUUUUAUUUUAUUCUGUCUUUAGGAAAGCGAACACCGACAAACGGAGGAACAAGUGAACCAAGACCGGCAAUAUCAAAUCGACGCCGCUAUCGUCCGAAUCAUGAAGACCCGCAAAGUCCUCGCCCAUAAUCUUCUCCUCACAGAACUCUACAAUCAGCUUCGAUUCCCGGCGAAACCAAUCGACUUGAAACGACGAAUCGAAUCCCUCAUCGACCGAGAAUACGUCUCGCGCGACAAACAGGACGCCCAGUUAUACCAUUAUGUCGCAUAA